AAUGAGCUUGUCCAAAUGUUCACACAAACUGGGGAACAUUUGCAUCUUGUGCAUGCUAAGGUUCUGGCUUUCUUCUUUUAAGCAAGAAACACAAUAAUACUAAUCUUGCCUUGCAAGGCAAAGAUGAAUUCUAAGUGGUUACAAACGUCAGCUGUUAAUCUGUUAAAUAAUAUCAGUUUACAUGGAAGAGGCAAACAUUUGUGUGUCUUGGUCAAAGAUGUUAGGCAAACAACUGUUGAUGGGUUAUAGAACUGAAGAAACUUAGCAUAGUUUAGCCCUGAAGGCAAAGCAAGUCGGAACUUAUGGGGUGGGGCACUACAAGAUAUAGUACUAAAGAGCUUGUCUCAUGGAGACUGAAGGAAUGACGAAAUGUUCUAAAUGGGAAGCAAGAAAGCAGAGGACAUCAAGAAUCUCCUUCUGAAGAUAAUAAUUCCCUUGGCUUUUCCCAUAGCUGGUUCUUUUAUCUGUGGCCUCAUAACAGAAAGAGCAAAUAGUCUCAGUGGCCCAGACUCAUCUGGUAGCUCAAUCCAAUUGGAUCCAUCAUCAUCAUACGAUUCGAGUUCAACUCACGGGGAAGAGGAGGGAGCAGAAAUGGAGUCUCUGGAUCGCACCUCACGGAGGCUAGUGCAAGCCGAGAUCCCCUGCAGCACCGGUAGGCUUAUCAGCGGUGGACAUGCAAGGCAUGCUUCUCUUACUGAAGAAAUCAUGGUGGCACAAGCCACCGGGAGUUCUUCAGAAGUUUCAGUCAACAACCAGAAGUUCCAGGAUGAUCAGGGACCGGCUGCCGAAGAGGUCGAGAGCCUGAAGCGCGCUGUGUCAGCCCUCGAAGAGCGAGCAGCCGGUAUCGAGUUGCGGUUCCACGACUACUGCGACAUGAAGGAGCAAGAGUCGACAUACCAGAAGAUGCAGAUCAUGUGUCUGGGGAUGAAGCUGGAGCUGAUGGAGUCCCAGAACCAGCGGCUUGAAGCAGCCGCCACAGAGAUCCGCGCAGCCGCUGAAGAGUUCGCCGUGAUGCGGGCGAGUCUGGAUGCGCUGCAGAACAAAUUCAGGAAGAUCACGAAGAAGAGCAAGCAAGAGUUCGAAGCCAUCGAUGGAAGGAUCAUGGCUCUGGAUGCCCGGGAGGCAGAGAUGGCGACUAGGUGCCAAGGCUUUGAGCAACUCAUGGAGGAGAUGAAGCAGCUGGUUUUGCAGCUGCAGAAGGACAAAGGAUCCAACAACGAGAACGUGGAGGUCAUCGUGGAGAGGAGCAUGCGGAAGCUAUCGAGCAGCAAGGACCACAUGGACGGGCUGGAGAUGCUCCGGGACCGGUGGGCUGCGGACAUGGAGGAGUUGAUCUACCUCGGCUGGAUCACGGCGUGGCUGCAGCACGACCUCCUGCUCAGCGACGAUGGGGAAGGCGGCAGCAAGGGCACGGUGGUGAUCGGAGAUGGCAAUGGCGACGACCCGACGGCGGCGCCGCAGCUCAAGAAGGGGGAGAAGGUGGUGGUGGCUGCGGCGCCGAGCAACGAGGUGGAGCUCUGCAAGACUUCUUCCAACGCGUCGUCGUGCGGCGCGGGGGAGGAGUCGUGCAUGGCGUUGCCGGGCUGCAGGACGGGGAUCGUACGGCCAAGAUUGCUCCACAAGCUCCGAGGAUGGACCAGGGGGAAGAGCCCGAGCAAGAACAGGAGGCCGUUCAGGAUCGAAGGGCCGGGCAGUCAGAUGUAAUAAUAAUCGAAACAAUUCGUUCGUGCUGAUAAUUUGCUUGUGAACACUAUAUAAGCAUGUAAAUGUUUGAGUCCAAAUGCGUCGUUGAGAAAUAUGGUUAAUACUCCCUCCGUAUACAAUACCACGUACUCAUAUUUCA